AAAAACCAGUUAAACAAACACAAAGACGCAUUCCUAGUCGAUCCAGCCGACCCUAAUCAGACCCCUCACUGUCUAGCUAGUCCAAACACAACACUGUAAAGCUAUGCUCCCUUCUCUCUCUUGUGUCCCAUAUAACCUUCGGAACAUGUUUUCACUGUCCCACAGAUUCUUUCACUCUCUCCCAUGAAAUCCCCUCUUCGUAUAUAACCCACAACAACACAACAUAAUCUAAGACAUAUAUACUAUACUUUGAGGCUGCUUUUGUUUUGGUCUGAAAAUGCCAGCGGAUUCCGGAGAUCAGAAUAGGCGUUUAAGCAAGGCGGUUAACCCGGGAGCGCCACCUCCAGAACAGGAACAGCUACCGUGCCCACGUUGUGACUCUACUAAUACUAAGUUUUGCUACUACAACAACUAUAACUUUUCUCAGCCUCGUCAUUUCUGCAAGUCCUGUCGUCGUUACUGGACUCAUGGUGGUACUCUCCGGGACAUCCCUGUUGGCGGUGGCACCAGGAAAAACGCUAAGCGUUCACGCACAGCUGCCUCCCACGUCCCCGCCGCCACCGCUAGUCAUAAUAACUUCCCGCUACCUGCUACGCCAGUUUUGUUGCCGAUCUCGGGUAAUCAAGGAAGUUUUGGUAUUGGUGGAGAAUCCAAGUGCAACGGUAGUGGUGGUGAUGGGAGUUUUACUUCGUUGUUGAAUACUCCAGGGCCUGGUUUUCUGGCUCUUGGUGGGUUUGGAUUUGGUAUUGCUCCGGCACUGGAUGAUGUUGGGUUUGGGCUUGGAAGAGGGAUGUGGGGCUUGUCAGGAAUGGGAGAUGUAGCCGCCGUUGUCGGUGGCGGGGCUGCUGCUGGCACGGGAAUGGGGACCACAUGGCAGUAUGAAGGUGGAGAGAGUGGGUUCGUUGGCGGUGGGGAUUGCUUUUCUUGGCCUGAUCUUGCUAUUUCAACGCCAGGAAAUGGGCUCAAGUGAAUCUUGUUCCUUUUUUCUAGUAUAAGUGGAAUUAGUGAGUGGUGAGAGUAAAACAUUAGCAACAUUAAAGUAGAUAUAGGACUAUGGCUUUUGUUUUUUGUUCUUUAGAUGACUCAAUGCCAUGUGAUUUGGUUUGUUUCGUCUACGAUAUUG